GCCCUCGUCCCGGCCCGGGUGCCUGGCGGGGGCUACUCCUUCCUCCGGGGGAGAUGUGGGGCAGCGACCGCCCGGCUGGUGCUGGGGAAGGCGGGGCGGCCGUGACCGUGACCUUUACUAAUGCUCGGGACUGCUUCCUGCACUUGCCCCGUCGCCUCGUGAGCCAGCUGCGUCUGCUGCAGCAUCAAGCUAUAGAAGUCACAUGGUGUCAGCAGCCUGUGUUCUUGAGCUGGGUUGAAGGCAGGCAUUUUAGUGAACUAGGCGAAAAUGUGGCUGAAAUUAAUAGACAAGUUGGACAGAAACUUGGACUCUCAAAUGGGGAACAGGUGUUUCUCAGACCAUGUUCCCAUGUGGUAUCCUGUCAGCAAGUUGAGGUGGAACCCAUCUCAGCGGAUGAUUGGGAGAUCCUGGAGCUGCAUGCUGCAUCCCUUGAACAGCAUCUUCUAGACCAAAUUCGAAUAGUUUUCCCCAAAGCAAUUUUUCCUGUUUGGGUUGAUCAGCAUACUUAUAUAUUUAUCCAGAUUGUUGCACUAAUACCAACUGCUGGGUAUGGAAGACUGGAAACUGACACUGAACUCCUCAUUCAGCCAAAGACCCGCCAAGCCAAAGAGAAUACAUUUCCAAAAGUAGAUAAUAUAGAUGGAAGAGACCAUAAAGGAGUGACAAAAGAAUUUCAAUUCAAGAAACUUCAGUCAGUAUCAGGAGUGACUGGGUCUAAUUCAGAGGUCACAGCUACUUCAUCAAGUCCAAGCUUGUGGACUAUACUAGGAAGCAUUUUUCCUUUUGGAUCUGAAAAGAAUUAUGAAACUUCCUGGGGUUUAAUGGAAAUCAAUGCUUUCAAAAAUAUGCAGUGUUCAAAAAAUGUUCCACUAGAUAAUAUUUUCAGAGUGUGCAAAUCUCAGCCCCCUAGUAUCUGUAAUGCUUCAACAACAUCUCCAUUUAGCAAAAAUUCUGCCAUUCAUGUUUUUCCAUGGGACCAGGAAUACUUUGAUAUGGAGCCCAGCUUUACUGUGACUUAUGGAAAACUAGUUAAGCUACUUUCUCCAAAGCAACAGCAGAGCAGAAUAAAGCCAAAUGUGCUGCUUCCUGAAAAAGAGAAGCAACUAUCAGAAGGGCAAGAUCAAAAGCAAAUAAGCCCAGACCCUGGUCCAGAAGCUGAUGUGUCCUGUGUAGUACAGGUCAUCUGGAAUGGACUCGAAGAACUGAGGAAUGCCCUAAAAUACACCAACCACGUAGAGGUUCUCCAUCUUGGAAAAGUCUGGAUUCCAGAUGACCUGAGAAAGAAAUUAAAUAUUGAAAUGCAUUCAGUAGUAAAAAUAUCUCAAGUGGAAAUCAUUCCCCAAAUUCCAAGAGCUCUAAAACUGCAACCUAGAGAAAACUUACCUCAAGGUAUAAGUGAAGAGAACAUAAGAUCUGUGUUCUUUUCAUGGGUACAGCAGUCUGUGACUACCACGCUUCCUUUAGUAAUGUCAGAGGAAGAAUACAUUAAACUGAGAAUUAAAGAUGGGUUGAAGGAGUUUUGUCUGGAUAUAGUUCAUUCUUGUGGAAAAGAAAAAGAAAAAACAGUUUUCCUGUUAAGUACCAGACUUCUGCAAAAGAUCCCGUUACAAGUCCUUCUAGAUCCUAUGGUAAAAGAAGAAAAUGAUGAGGAAAUUGACUUUAUUCUUCCUUUUUUAAAGCUGAACUGCUUGGGAGGUGUGUGUGCUAUAGGCCUCUCCUCCAUGGAGCACAUCACUCAUAGCCUUCUGGGGCGCCCUCUCUCACGGCAGCUCAUGGCCCUCAUGGCAGGACUCAGGAAUGGAGGCCUUUUACUCACAGGAGGAAAGGGAUGUGGAAAAUCAACAUUAGCCAAAGCAAUCUGUAGAGAAGCAUUUGAUACAUUGGAUGCCCAUGUGGAGAUAAUUGACUGUAAAGCUCUACGAGGGAAAAGACUGGAAACCAUACAAAAAUCUCUAGAGGCAGCUUUCUCAGAGGCUGCAUGGAGACAGCCUUCUGUUGUUCUGCUGGAUGAUCUGGACCUUAUUGUGGGCCUCCCUGCACUUCCUGAACAUGAACAUGGGCCUGACACUGUGCAGAGCCAACGACUUGCAUAUGCUUUAAACAAUAUACUAAAAGAAUUUAUUUCAAUGGGAAGUUUGGUUGCACUUAUUGCUACAAGCCAGUCUCAGAAUUCUCUGCAUCCAUUACUUGUGUCCGCUCAAGGAAUGCAUAUAUUUCAAUGCACUCACCAUCUCCAGCCUCCUAAUCAGGAGCAAAGAUGUGAAAUUUUGCAUCACAUAAUAAAAUCUAAACUGGGUUGUGAAAUAAACAAGUUCACUGAUCUUAACCUGCCCCAGAUAGCUAAGGAAACAGAAGGGUUUGUGACCAGAGAUUUUACUGUGCUUGUGGAUCGAGCUGUACAUUCUUGUCUCUCUCAUCAGAGUAUAUCCACGAAAGAGGAAUUAACUUUAACCACCUCAGAUUUCCAAAAAGCUCUCCAAGGAUUUAUUCCUGCAUCUCUACGAAAUGUUAACCUGCAUAAACCUAGGGACCUGGGUUGGGAUCAGAUUGGUGGAUUGCAUGAAGUGCGGCAGAUACUCAUGGAUACUAUCCAGUUACCAGCCAAGUAUCCAGAAUUAUUCACAAACUUGCCUAUACGACAGAGAACAGGAGUGUUGUUGUAUGGACCUCCUGGAACAGGAAAAACCUUACUAGCUGGGGUAAUUGCACGAGAGAGUGGAAUGAACUUUAUUAGUGUCAAGGGGCCAGAGUUACUCAGCAAAUACAUUGGAGCAAGUGAACAAUCUGUUCGGGACAUUUUUAUUAGGGCACAAGCUGCAAAGCCCUGCAUUCUUUUCUUUGAUGAAUUUGAAUCCAUCGCUCCUCGGCGAGGCCAUGAUAACACAGGAGUCACUGAUCGUGUUGUCAAUCAACUGCUGACUCAGCUGGAUGGAGUAGAAAGCUUACAGGGUGUUUAUGUCUUGGCUGCUACUAGUCGCCCUGAUUUAAUUGACCCUGCCCUGCUCAGGCCUGGCCGGCUGGAUAAGUGUGUUUACUGUCCUCCUCCUGACCAGGUGUCCCGUCUGGAAAUUCUAAAAGUUCUGAGUGUCUCUCUACCUCUGGCAGAUGAUGUGGACCUUCAGCAUGUGGCAUCAGUCACUGACUCCUUUACAGGGGCGGAUCUGAAAGCUUUGCUGUACAAUGCCCAGUUAGAGGCCUUGCAUGGCAGGCUACUGUCCUGUGGACUCACAGAUGGUGGUUCCAGCUCUGACAGUGACCUGAGUUUGUCCUCAAUGGUUUUUCUGACACACAGCAGUGGCUCUGAUGAUUCAGCUGGAGAUGGAGAAUGUGGCUUAGAGCAAUCACUUGUUUCUCUAGAAAUGUCUGAUUUGUUGCCAGAUGAAUCCAAAUUCAACAUGUACCGGCUUUACUUUGGAAGCUCAUAUGAAUCAGAACUUGGAAAUGGAACCUCCUCUGAUUUGAGCUCACAGUGCUUUUCUGCACAAAGCUCCAUAACUCAGGAGUUGUCUGGACUUUCUGGCAAAGAUCAGCUGUUUUCACAGCCUCCAUUAUUUAGAACAGCCUCACAAGAUGGUUACCAGGAACUUACACCAGAACAAAGAGAUCAACUUAGAGCUGAUAUCAGUAUUAUCAAAGGCAGAUACCGGAGCCAAAGUGGAGAGGAUGACUCCAUGAGGCAACCAGGACCAAAAGCCAGUCUGAGUAUUAGUCAGUGUCAUUUAAUGACUGCACUCAGUCACACAAGACCAUCCAUCAGUGAAGAUGACUUUAAGAAUUUUACUGAGUUGUAUGAAAACUUUCAAAAUCCAAAGAAGAAAAAUCAAAGUGGCACAAUGUUUCGAGCUGGACAGAAAGUAACUUUAGCAUAAACAUACUUUUGUUUUUGUUUUGUGGCUUGUUUUAUAUUGUAAUAAUGAAAAUAAUAUCUAUAAUUUUUUUAAUUUAACAAAUGAAGUUAAUGAAUGGAAUUGAUCUUGUUCUUUAGAAUUGGAUAUUUAUAAAAGAAUCCAUACUGUUUUUCAUAUAAUUAUU